CUGCAUCACUUUUUUUUCUAGCACUAUAGCCACUUGCAAACCACAAACACUCUACCAAGCUGGGCCAUGACUUGUAUACGAAGAUGGACAAGAAAGGAAAGUGGAGGAAAUGUAAAAAACGAACAAUCUCUCCUGGAUUGAGGUGCAGUUCUUGAAGAGAGCAGUGAGUGUGUUGAUCCCUUAUGCCACUUUGUCAGAUGUAUGCAUUCCAACUCUACUUGAGCAGAGAUAAUAUUACGGAGCUAUUCGAGGAUAACCAACACAGCCCUGAAACGGCAGUGGCAGCUCUUAGUGAACUGCCCGAGAAGCCCAUUGUGCGAGGAAACACCCCUGAGCUUCAACAACAGGGCUUGGACAAGGCCAUAUACGCCAAUAGCCGCUACGGAUCCGUUUUAAGACGCACUGCCAAGAGUUUUGCUGAUUGGGCCACCUCCUCAUGGUGUGCCCUGGGUGGUGCUGGUUCAAGGAGGCCGACGCCGCUGUCUAAAAGAACCACAGAAAGAAAUGAAUAUAAAAAAAGAUAAAAGAAGAUAAAAAAAUAAAAAGGAUAUAAAAAAGAAAAAAG